AUGAUCGACGUCGAACAGAUGCCCUUUGACCUCUACACAUAUACCCGCUCAGCUGUGGCAGCAGCAGCUACAGCGACGUCAACAGCUGCAGCAGCCGUCAUCAACGACACUAUCGACUGGAAUCAUGGCAAUCCUCACGCAGGCGGCGGCAACAAUGGCUCAGACGACAAUCCUGCCAUUCCCCUCCCUAAUCAACGAGCGUUCGAAGGCCCAUGGUUUUCGCAGCAGCUAUCGCUAUCCAUCUUUAUCGGCCUCGCUUCCUUCUUUAUCUUUGUCUUUGUGCGCCGCCGCAAUGCCGCCCUCUUUGCACCACGCACCAAGCUAAAGGGCUUCUCUCCGCUCGACGACGGUCACGAUGUUGGUUAUUUUGGGUGGAUCAUGCCGACACUCAAAACUGAAGAGAUGCGCAUCUUGCAGACAGUCGGCAUGGACGCUGCGAUCCUGCUCAGCUUCCUAAAAAUGGGCUUCUGGCUCUUUUUCAGCCUCAGCUGUUGGAGCAUCCUCGUGCUUAUGCCCGUCAACUACUGGCAGAACGGUGUGUUGGACGGUGUAAGCCCGGCAGAGGAUAGAGACAACGCCACCGAUCCGUUCAGCGCUCGAGACACCGUCACCGGAGUCUGGACACAGCUCAUCUUUAACUCGCUCAAGAACAAGCACGAGGCCCCAGAGGAGCCACUGCCUCAGUUGCCGCUCCCAGCCAAGCCUGCACAGGCACAGCUCUACCACGCAACUCAUCUCCUCUCCACCUAUCUCUUCACCAUUCUUGCCAUGCGCGCCAUUUGGAUCAACUACCAGCGCUUCGUCCGCUCGCGUCAGCUCUAUAUCCUCGAGAUUGUGGAAUCCAUUCCUGCGCGCACGGUCGAGAUUCGCGACCUUCCCGCUCAUCUGCGCGACGAAAAGGCGCUUGCAGAAUAUUUCGAGAACAUGGACAUGCCCGUCGAGUCUACCGCCGUGGUUCGCAAUACCGAAGGUCUCUCGAGAUUGCUCAAGUUGCGAUCUAAUGCGCUCCAACAGCUCGAGAAAAUUUGGGUGCGCUGGCUCGGCAAUCCAACCGAUGCUGAUGGCUACGACCCUGAAAAAAUCAUGCUUCUUGCUGCAGGUGCCAACCACGACGAUCUGCUGUCUUCCCAUGACUCCGAUGACCUGGUUAGGAUCAGUGUUGAUGAUGGUGAUCGCUCGCAGGCGAGACCGAGAGACGAUCAUGAACACAGCCAUCUGCUAGGCGGCAAUGCAUCCAACACCGUCUUCACGGGAGCAGACACCAUUCGCACUCACCACCCACGUCCUACCAUGCGUAAGCAGUGGUGGAAUCCGUUCAGCGAAAAGGUCGACGCAAUCGACGAGCUGACUCGCCAGUUUCACGCUGUCGAUCGUGCGGUACGACGUCGACGAAAGACGGGCCGCUUUCCUGGUGGCAACGUUGGAUUCGUCACUUUUCAGAGCGCUGCCAGUGCUCAGAUUGCAUCGCAGACGGUCCACUACCCGAUGCCCGCUUACUGUGCAACCUCGAUGGCUCAGGAACCUAGAGACAUCAUCUGGUCCAACAUUGAUCUCUCGAACAAUGACCGCAGGGUGCGCCAAGUGCUCGUCUCGAUCUUCAUGGUGGCUGUGCUCGUGUUUUACAUUCCACCACUCGUCUUUCUUGCCAGCUUUGUCUCACCCGGUGCCAUCAAAAAGUACGCGCCUUGGCUGGACAGGCUUCUCGAUACGGACCAGAGGCUGCGAGCGUUGGUGCAGAACAAUUUGCCAUCGCUCGUUGUGAUCGGUUUCAACGCCUUACUACCGCUCGUAUUGGAGUACUCUUCGUACCUGCAGGGCCUGAAAGCGAGAAGUUUGGUCGAAUACAGUCUGCUGAAAAAGUACUAUCUUUUCCUCAUGGUUUCAGUGGUAUUUAUCUUUUUGAUCGCUACCACGGCCUGGGGAGUUCUACAGGAGCUCGCCGAGAAUCCGAUGCGAGUGAUCGACAAGCUCGCAGCGUCGUUGCCCAAAGCACGCUUCUUUUCGCUCUCGUACGUCAUCUUGCAAGGCAUCGCGCUUCAACCUCUGCAGUUGUUGCAACUGCCCACGCUGAUCCUGCGCGCUUUUUACCGGGUGUUUCUUACGCGCACACCGCGUGAGUUUGCCGAACUCAACGCACCGCCUACUCUUGCUAUGGGCAACGUCUACCCACAAGCUCUGCUGAUCUUUACGCUGUGCAUCCUCUACUCGAUCGUCUCGCCGCUGAUCGUGAUCUUCGGCACGGUCUACUUUGGCAUCGCGUAUGUGGUCAACAAGUACAAGUUGCUCUACGUCUUCUACAAGCCGUACGAGUCGCAGGGGCAGGCAUGGCCGAUUUCGGCAUCUCGAUGCAUCUGGGCGCUGGUACUCUUCCACAUUUUCCAAUUUUCGCUGUUCAGCGUUAGGAAGGAAUUGUGGAUGAGUACGGGACUGUUGCCGUUGAUUGUGUUUACAUUUUGGUUCAACGGUCAUUUGGAGACGACGUUCGGACCGUUGACGGAGCACGUCAACUUGAGCAGUGUGGUGGAAGUGUUGAAGGAGAGAGAGGUGGAUCCUCGACUUGCCGAGUUGGCGCAAAACGGACCUCCUGGAGUGGUGCGAGCUGAAGUGGGAGUGGGGCAGGGUGUGGUGAGUACGGAUACGUCUGCUGCUAAUGCUGUCGGUGGGAAUGGAGGUCGAUCAGGGACUGUGACACCGAGUAGCAGUCGAAGCAAGCAACUGCUGUCGCUCGAUCCGAGCCACAAGAUCGAUCCGGCGUUUACCAAGCUAGCGCUAGCUCGGUACAGUCCGGAUGAAGAGGACGAGACGCUGUUUGUGGCGCAACGUGAUACCAAGACGGACUAUCGGGAGCCACCAGGAGCCGGAUAUUACCCAGGAGUGCUCAACACGGGACGCAGGCGAUACGGGCAUCCUGCGAUCACGGGGAUUCUACCGGAGCUAUGGUUGCCUAUUCCGAAGCAGAGGAUGGAGCAAGGCGGGCCAGAUGUGACUGAAGCGGAUGAUUUGGAGUCAGCGACGGGGGUGGCUAGUGCUACAACGAGCGCGUUGGGUGCGCCUCGACUUGGGUUGUCCAACGAUGCAGCUUCAGCGACAAGGUUAAUUCGCACUCGCGCGCUCAGCAAAGCCGAACCGCUGAUUUUGUCGUUACGCAAACGCAAGUCUUCGCUCAUGACGCGCGCAACAUCACGGACGACUUGUUCGGCGCAGCGACCACCAACAGCGGAUUCGAGAAACGAUGGCACCAGUAUCGACCGCGACCGCGACCGCGACGCGCCGAGCGAUGAUCGAGAUCCCGAUCUAGGCGUUUGGUCAGACGGCGUCUCGGGUCCACAGGGUAGCAGCUCUUCGGCUGCUCUCGGUGAGGCGUUGAGUGGCGCCUACGCUGUAGCUCCCGCGCGUCAGCAUAUACGCAACGGCAUUGACACGCACGAUGCAGACGAUGGCGAGGACGAGGGCGUGUAUAUUCAUAGAUCCGCUACGCGCAAAGGCGCUCCUCCCACAGGUACGCGUUCUGGCGUCCGUUCAGCAGCACACACCGCAGCAUAUCACGACUGA